AUGCCAUCAUACUUCUACCACAUAAAAUUCGAGUUGUAUCCUUUACCUGAUUCAGAUUCAAAGAAAGUUUCAAAAAGAGAGCGGGAGAGGGAUAUUUGGAUUCCUGGUGAGGGGACGGAUAUUUUUGGUGGCGAUACUUCUUCAUCCUCCAGUCUUGUAGGCUCAGCCUGGCCGAAACAUAAACCUGUUGCUUGGGAACAGGAUAGGAGGAGGCAAGGUGGCACUGGUAGUUCGAAUGUUUCUGAACAGGAACGAAAUACGGGGAAUAAUAUUAAGGAAGCUGGGGAUCAGAUACGGGCAGAUAGUGCUCAGGGUGCCCAGAACGGAGUCAUUGAUUCUGGGGUGAGGAAAGGAGGGGUUAUUGACUGCGGACCUUCACGAGGAAUACGACCUGAAGAAUCGGAAAACUUUGUUGUAUUGAGCACUGCAAAAGAUUCGCAAUUAGAAAUCGCACCACCGAGCGCGAGUUUGGUGGAUAAGAAGAGAGAUUUGCAGACUUCGAAGAAAGAUUGGAGGUUUGGGAGGGUAAGAAUUGAGAGUUUGGAUAUGAAUGGGGUGAGCGGAUAUCAUGGCAGAGGGAAGGGCAGUCAGAGUGGCAUUGUAGGUGUGAAUGCGGGGCUGGAACCGGUGGGUGGUAAAGUUACAAAGGCAAGAUUCGAGGAAUUACAUACCAAGUCAGAGAAUGGAUUGGAGUUGAAGAAUACGGAGGUGGGGUGGGGAGUGGUGCAUCUUUGUAGGGAGGGAGAGGAAACACCUGGGUUAAUGGGGGUGGAGGUUUACAACGCAGAUACUGUGGCAAGUCCUACGAAUGUUGCAGGAGAUAGUGGCUUAAGUGAGACGGUUGAGAAAGAUGGCGCAGAGGAUUGUACUAUACUAUGCAUACCGGCUGUUCCGAGCUAUCUUACAUCGAGAGAUUUCCUCGGUUUUGUGGGAGAGAAAACAAUGCAUGAGGUGAGCCAUUUCAGAAUGGUUAUGACGGGAAGGAUAAAUAGGUAUAUGGUACUUAUGAAGUUCAAAGAUGGAAAUGUGGCGAAAAAAUGGAGAGCAGAAUGGGAUGGUAAAGUUUUCAAUAGUAUGGAGCCAGAAACUUGCCAUGUCAUGUUCAUAAAGUCAAUCACUUUUCAAACACCUGCCUCCUCCAGAUCAAAUACAAGUUUUCCCGAACUAUCACACGAUCCUUUCACGCCGGCUCCAAUACAAAGUAAUCUUAAGCCUUUCCCACCUCCAACUCCAAAUCUCGUCGAACUUCCCACGUGCCCUGUCUGCCUCGAAAGAAUGGACGAUACAACAGGCCUCUUCACGAUCCUAUGUCAACAUGUCUUUCACUGUGCCUGUCUCGAAAAAUGGCGCGGCACAGGUUGUCCAGUUUGCCGGCACACCAAUCCUUCUCUAGCACUCGCCUCUCAGCAUUCUUCUUCAACUUACGACCCGGAUAAUCCACCGUUCGGAAGUGGUGAAGCAUCAUUAUGUAGUAUAUGUGAUUGCACUGAUGAUCUCUGGAUAUGCCUCAUAUGCGGAAAUGUUGGAUGUGGACGAUAUAAAGGUGGACACGCCAAAGAACAUUGGAAAGAUUCCGCGCAUAACUUUGCACUGGAAAUCGAAACUCAACAUGUAUGGGACUACGCCGGAGAUAUAUGGGUUCAUCGGCUCAUUCGCGAUAAAGGAGAUAAUAGCAAAGUCAUUGAACUUCCUUCAUCCCGCUUUCGAGGCACAUUGGCUCCAGCGGAGAAUAUGGACAUGGUUCCGCGGGAAAAACUCGAAAAUGCGGGGUUAGAAUUUACACAUCUUUUGACUUCACAAUUAGAAAGCCAAAGGGUUUAUUUCGAGGAAUUGGUUCGCAAGGCAGCGGCAAAAGCUAGUGCGGCAAGUGAAAAAGCUAUAAUCGCUAGUCGGGAUGCAGAAAAUGCAUUGAGUAAAUUAGGAGAGUUGGAGGAAAAGUGUCAUAAAUUGAGCACAGAUACGCUACCGAAUUUGGAAAAGGAAUUGGAAAGGGAGAAAAGGAAGGCGGAAAAGGCUCAAGAGAUUGCGAGGGGUAUGGGGAAGAGUUUAAGGGAGGAGAAAAAGGUUAGUGAGGGUUUAAUGGAGAGGAUUGGGUUUGUUAAUGAGGGGGUUAAGAAGAAGGAAGAGGAGAUUAAGGGGUUAAGGGAGGAAUGUGAGGAAUUAAGAGAAGCGAACAGAGAUCUUAUGGUUAUGAUUAGUGGAAGGGAGAAGAUUCGCGAGAUGGAGGAGACAGGGGAACUUGAGGAGGGAGAGGCAGAAGAAGCGGGGGUUAGUAUAGGGGAGGGAGAGAAGAAGAAGAAGGGGAAGGGGAAGGGGAGAAAGUGA